AUGACGAUGUGGUUGUGGUGGGUGGUGGCGGGCGCGCUGCUGGCGCGGGGCGGCGCGCUGCAGCCGCGCUGCCAGGAGAUCACCAUCCCCAUGUGUCAAGGCAUCGGGUACAACCUCACCUCCUUCCCCAACGCACUCGACCACGACACACAGGAGGAGGCUGGCCUUGAGGUUCACCAAUACUGGCCGCUCGUCGAGAUCAAAUGUUCCGUAGACCUGAAGUUCUUCUUAUGUUCUGUAUACACGCCUAUCUGCAUCGAAGACUAUGCGAAGCCCCUGCCAGCCUGUCGCAGCGUGUGUGAGCGGGCGCGGGAUGGGUGCGCGCCACUGAUGAUGAAGUACGGGUUCAAGUGGCCCGACCGCAUGGCGUGCGAGCGCCUGCCGCGCGCCGGGGACCCCGACCAGCUGUGCAUGGAGGAGACGGAGCGCGCGCGCGAGCCGCCGCCGCCGCCGCCGGGCCGGCGCCCGCAGCGCCCCGCCUGCACGGACCCAAAAAACUGCGCAAGCGCUGCGGGCGCCGACGCGGGCCCCACGUGCGCAUGCGCGUGCAGGGCGCCGCUGGUGGGCGUGCGCGCCCUGCACAACGGAAGCGCGGCCGCAGGCGUGGCGGCGUGCGCGCUGCCGUGUCGCGGCGCGUUCUUCACGCGCGAGGAGAAGGAGUUCGCGGCCGUGUGGGUCGCCAUGUGGGCCGGCCUCUGCGCCGCCAGCACUCUCAUGACCCUCACCACCUUCCUCAUCGACUCGCAGCGCUUUAAGUACCCCGAGCGGCCCAUCGUGUACCUGUCGGCCUGCUACUUCAUGGUGUCGCUGGGCUACCUGGCGCGGCUGGCGCUGGGCCACGACGAGGUGGUGUGCGAGGGCGCACUACUCCGCACUUCUGCCAACGGUCCGGGAGCCUGCACUCUGGUCUUUGUACUCGUGUACUUCUUCGGUAUGGCAUCAUCGAUAUGGUGGGUGGUUUUAUCCUUCGCGUGGUUCCUCGCAGCGGGACUGAAGUGGGGCAACGAAGCUAUCGCAGGACACGCACAAUACUACCAUCUGGCCGCAUGGCUCAUACCUGCUGCUAAAACUGUGGCGGUGUUACUGGCUGGCGCCGUCGACGGCGACCCCGUGGCUGGUAUCUGCUACGUCGGCAACUCAUCACCGGAGAACCUGAAACGAUAUGUGCUUGCACCGCUGAUCGUGUACUUCGCACUCGGUGCCACGUUCCUGUUGGCCGGCUUCGUGUCGUUAUUCCGUAUUCGAUCCGUGAUUAAGCGACAAGGCGGAGUUGGCGCUGGCUCGAAGGCCGAUAAGCUAGAGAAGUUGAUGAUUCGGAUCGGCGUGUUCAGCGUGCUGUACGCGGUGCCGGCGGGCGUCGUGAUCGGCUGCCUGGCGUACGAGGCGGGCGGCCACGAGCAGUGGCUGCGCCGCGUCGCCUGCGGGCCCGGCUGCGGCUCGCGCCCGCUCUACUCCGCGCUCAUGCUCAAGUACUUCAUGGCGCUGGCCGUGGGCAUCACGUCGGGCGUGUGGAUCUGGUCGGGCAAGACGCUGGAGUCCUGGCGCCGCGCGCGCCCUGUUCAAGGACGUGUGACGCGCGCCCGCGGCGCCCGCCGCCGCCGCGCUAGUGCCGGGCGCCGCCCCGCUGGCGCCCGAGCUGCCCCCUCCGGCGCCACUGGUGCCCACCGUGGCGCCCUCUGCGCGCUCGGGACAACCGCUCUCCGACUACGGCCCUGUCUAGUCAGUUCGGCUUCUUACUUCGAGAUGUAG